CAGGAUUCGCUUUGGUCAAAGGCUGCGCCUAAAGGCUCCGUGCUAGCGUGUGCUAUGCUCUGGAGAGAAGGGCAGAGCGCUGCAAAAGGAGCUUCAAGUCCCCUUUCAUCACCAUUAUAAGCACCCAAGUUUCCCCCAUUCCCCACAACCUCAACACAUUUUCCCCUUCCCAGCUUCCAAUGGGGAAAGGCAGCGACCACAACGUGCAUUACGCCCCCGUCUCCAGCGAACCCGCCUCCACAGAGCCUAUUCCCACCUCUCCAAUGGCUGCUCCUAACGCUGAUGAGCUUGAGAGGGGUCUCCUGCCAAGUUCCCCCACUGCAGUUCCUCAGGGAUACUUUGAGAGUGCUCGUGAUGCAGUCAACUCUGCUCUGAUUGCAGUCAGGGCCAAGUUCCAGGAGCGCGCGUCGUCCCCCCCCCAGAAGGAGGGCUACGAGGCACCCCCCUGCAGGAUGCGCAAGCUGAUGGCCUGCCAGGGUGUGAAAAUGCUCCUGGCAGCUGUGAUGGGGGCUCUGCUUGUGAUCGCUGCGGCACAUAUCUUCCAUGGACCUCCUCCCCCCCGUCCAUGGGGCCCUUGGGGAAUGGAAACUGAGGCGGCCGCUCCCACUGGGGUCCUAGGAUGGGUCAAAGGUCUCUUCUUUGGGCAGCAAUCAGGCCUGGUGACAAACCUGGCUAUUCUACUGAUUUGGAAGGAUGACCUCAUUUGGGAUGACGACCUGAUUCCGGGUUCCUCUACAAACAUCUGGGAAGUGGACAUUGUCGGGCAACACAAGGAACAGACCCUGUAG